GUUGAUUUCUUCAAAGCGGCUGAAUAGGAUUAUCCCAGGAUUUUCUCCUCCCUUCGCUCCUUCGCUUUUCUUAUGUAAUUGUAUUCCAUCACUUCAAACUCCCUCAUCUUCAUUUCUAGGGUUUCUUCUUCUUCUUCUUCACCGAAAACCCUUCUCCAUCUCACACCACUGUGCAGCUAACAAUGGAAAACUUCACCUCUUCUUCUUCUCUGUCACCCUUUCCAUCCAUAUCAGCUCCAUCUUCUUCUGCACUUUUCGACGACUCUUUCGAAGACUCCUGCAGUAUAUGCCUAGAGUCCUUCACCAUUCAUGAACCAUCCACUGUUACUCGUUGCAAACAUGAAUAUCAUCUGCAUUGCAUUCUUGAGUGGUCACAAAGAAGCCAAGAAUGCCCAAUUUGUUGGCAAUCCCUUGCUUUGAAAGACCCUGCCAGCCAAGAGCUUCUAGCUGCAGUUGAAGAUGAAAAACGCUUGAGAUCAAGAAAGGCUGCUACUUUUCGUACCCGUCUUGAACAGUAUGCCUAUGAGGAUGACUUGUUCUCAGACGACUCUGAUUCUGAUGACCAGAUUAUGAGGCGCCUAGUUGCUGCUGCAAAUAGAGUCCGUCGUGUUCAUAGACAGGAAAGGAACAGAUCACCUGGUGCUGGUCCAUCAGAUGUUCUUGAUAUUAACUCUUCCAUACAUGUAUCUGAGUUGCAAACAACACUAACAACUUCACCAUCCGAGGGUAGUUUGCCUGCCUCGGCAGUAACAUCUACACUUAAUAGUCAACCUCCGGUAUCAAACACUACACCCGAAAGUGCAAGCCGACCAAACACUUAUGAGAUGUUUUCCUUCUCAGAAUCAUUCAAAUCCAAAUUUUCUGCUGCUUCAACCAGAUAUAAGGAAUCAAUUUCUAAAGGUACACGGGGCCUCAAAGAGAAGUUACUUGCCCAUAAUGUCUCAGUAAAAGAGCUGAGUAAAGGUGUUCAGCGUGAGAUGAAUGCAGGCAUUGCCGGAGUUGCACGGAUGAUUGAACGCCUUGAUCUUUCAAAACGGUCCAAUUCUCCUAUCAUUCCAAUCCAUAGUGAGGGAACUUCAGACUUCCCAAAUGAAGGGAAGAAGUAUGCUGGAGAGAAUGGCAUUGGGGGUUCUCCAAGUAAAGAGAGUGAAGGUGCAGUUCAUGAUGUUAGUUCAGAUGUCCCAUUUGUCACUGGCGUGCAAUCUUUUGGUCCAGGGUGGAAACGAUAAGCUACGAAGACUUAGAUGACCAAGUUUAGUCACUAUGCUGAGUGAAUUUUCUAAGAAGUGCAAGAGACGCCUCUGAUAACCAAUGUACCCGUUGGUAUGCGUCCUGCAUCGUUAUCAUUAUCAAUGUCAAUUACUUGUAGGAAAUAGAAAUAUGUGCCAUCAAUUUAUAGUGUUUCACUGCUUUUAUUUAAUGCUGCAUCUAUCUCAAUAUCAUGGAGUCUUAUCUAUGUCUACCCCAUUUUUACAUUACCAAUACUUUAUUAGCAUUAAUCAAAUUAUUUAGAGCCUCUAAAUUUGCAAA